UCCUUCCUCUGCCGAACCCUCAAAGUUGAGCAGGGCAAUUUGGUUUUGAUGCUGUGCCAGAACUCCUGCGACGAUGAGUUACUGGAACUCGGAGAAAAGGAACUGUGUGCAGUACCGCAGGCAUUUUCUGGUGGACAACAGCGUGUUUCAUGUUGAAAGAUGCAUGAGUGUAAUGCAGUCCGGGACACAGAUGAUCAAACUGAAGCGUGGGACCAAAGGGCUCGUCCGGCUCUUUUACCUGGAUGAGCACCGGACCCGCCUCCGAUGGAGACCCUCCAGGAAGAGUGAGAAGGCAAAAAUACUUAUCGACUCCAUUUACAAAGUCACCGAGGGUCGGCAGUCUGAAAUAUUCCACAGACAAGCUGAGGGGAACUUUGACCCCAGCUGCUGCUUUACCAUCUACCAUGGUAACCACAUGGAGUCCCUGGACCUCAUCACCUCCAACCCCGAGGAGGCCCGCACCUGGAUCACAGGCCUCAAGUACCUGAUGGCCGGCAUCAGUGAUGAAGAUUCCCUUGCCAAAAGGCAAAGGACUCAUGACCAGUGGGUGAAGCAGACCUUUGAGGAAGCUGAUAAGAAUGGUGACGGCUUAUUGAAUAUUGAAGAGAUACACCAAUUGAUGCAUAAACUAAAUGUCAACCUACCCCGAAGAAAAGUCAGACAAAUGUUUCAGGAAGCUGACACAGAUGAGAAUCAGGGAACUUUGACAUUUGAAGAGUUCUGUGUUUUUUACAAAAUGAUGUCAUUGAGACGGGACCUUUAUUUGUUGCUCUUGAGCUACAGUGACAAGAAAGAUCACCUAACUGUGGAAGAAUUGGCCCAAUUUUUGAAGGUGGAGCAAAAGAUGAAUAAUGUGACAACAGACUAUUGCCUUGACAUCAUAAGGAAAUUUGAAGUUUCAGAAGAAAAUAAGGCGAAAAACGUUCUUGGCAUAGAAGGCUUCACCAGCUUCAUGCGAAGUCCUGCUUGUGAUAUAUUUAACCCACUGCACCAUGAAGUGUACCAGGACAUGGAUCAGCCCCUGUGCAACUACUACAUCGCAUCCUCUCACAACACGUACCUGACUGGGGACCAGCUGCUCUCUCAGUCCAAGGUGGACAUGUACGCUCGGGUGCUACAAGAGGGCUGUCGCUGUGUGGAAGUUGACUGUUGGGAUGGCCCAGAUGGAGAGCCAGUCGUUCACCACGGUUAUACUCUCACUUCAAAAAUCCCCUUCAGAGAUGUUGUGGAGACCAUCAACAAGCACGCCUUUGUGAAGAAUGAGUUCCCGGUCAUACUGUCGAUCGAAAAUCACUGCAGUGUCCAGCAGCAACGGAAGAUUGCUCAGUACCUGAAAGGAAUAUUCCAGGACAAACUGGACCUGUCAUCCAUAGACCCAGGAGAGACCAAGCAGCUUCCAAGUCCUCAAAGUCUGAAAGGCAAAAUCCUAGUGAAGGGUAAGAAGCUGCCUUAUCACCUUGGAGAUGAUGCAGAGGAAGGGGAUGUCUCUGAUGAAGACAGUGCAGAUGAAAUUGAAGAUGAGUGCAAGUUCAAGCUCCAUUAUAAUAACGGGACCACUGAGCACCAGGUGGAGUCUUUCAUAAGAAAAAAACUGGAGUCACUGUUAAAAGAAUCUCAGAUUCGAGACAAAGAAGAUCCUGAUAGUUUCACAGUGAGGGCUCUACUGAAGGCCACGCAUGAAGGCUUACAUGCACACCUGAAGCAGCAUCCAGAUGUGAAGGAGAGUGGAAAGAAAUCACAUGGACGAUCCCUCAUGACCAACUUUGGAAAACAUAAGAAAACCACAAAAUCACAGUCUAAAUCUUACAGUACUGAUGAUGAGGAAGAUGCACAGCAGAAUCCUGGCAAGGAGAUAGGCCAGCUGUACAGGUUGGGUCGCCGGAGGAAAACCAUGAAGCUCUGCCGAGAGCUGUCGGAUUUGGUGGUGUACACAAACUCUGUGGCAGCCCAAGACAUCGUGGACGAUGGAACCACAGGAAAUGUGUUAUCAUUUAGUGAAACAAGAGCACACCAGGUGGUUCAGCAGAAAUCAGAGCAGUUCAUGAUUUAUAACCAAAAGCAACUCACAAGGAUUUACCCCUCUGCCUACCGCAUUGACUCCAGUAACUUCAACCCACUGCCCUACUGGAACGCAGGCUGCCAGCUAGUGGCACUGAACUACCAGUCUGAAGGGCGAAUCAUGCAGUUAAACCGAGCCAAAUUCAAGACAAAUGGAAACUGUGGCUAUGUCCUCAAACCCCAGCAAAUGUGCAAAGGUACUUUCAACCCUUUCUCUGGUGAUCCACUUCCUGCCAACCCCAAAAAGCAGCUCAUCCUGAAAGUGAUCAGUGGACAACAACUUCCCAAACCUCCAGACUCCAUGUUUGGAGACCGAGGAGAGAUCAUCGAUCCUUUUGUUGAAGUUGAAAUUAUUGGAUUGCCAGUAGAUUGCUGUAAAGAUCAAACCCGUGUGGUGGAUGACAAUGGAUUUAACCCUGUGUGGGAAGAAACCCUGACAUUUACAGUACACAUGCCAGAAAUAGCUUUGGUUCGGUUCCUUGUGUGGGAUCACGAUCCUAUUGGACGAGACUUCGUUGGGCAAAGAACUGUGACCUUCAGCAGCUUAGUGCCUGGCUACCGGCAUGUCUAUUUGGAAGGGCUGACAGAAGCAUCCAUAUUUGUCCACAUAACAAUCAAUGAAAUCUUUGGAAAGUGGAGCCCUUUAAUACUCAACCCCAGUUACACUAUAUUGCACUUUCUAGGAGCUACAAAGAACAGACAGCUCCAAGGUCUGAAGGGACUGUUCAAUAAGAAUCCCAGGCACAGUUCUUCAGAAAGCAAUUCCCAUUAUGUGCGGAAGCGAUCGAUUGGAGAUCGGAUUCUGCGCCGCACGGCCAGCGCGCCAGCCAAAGGCAGGAAAAAGAGCAAAAUGGGCUUCCAGGAAGUGGUGGAGGUAAAGGACUCCGUGUCCGAGGCUGCAAGGGAUCAGGAUGGUGUUGUGAGGAGGACCACGAGGAGCCUGCAGGUGCGCCCGGUCUCGAUGCCUGUUGACAAGUGCUUUCUAGGGGCUUUGUCGCUGCCUGUGUCCGAAACAGCAAAAGACACCGACGGGAAAGAAAACUCUCUGGCAGAAGAUGAGGAUGGCAGCAGAAAUGGGAAGGCAAGUAUAAAAGAUCAACACUUUCCACAUUUCAGCAAAAAGUUGUCCUCUUCCUCCAGCGCUCUCCUCCACAAAGACAUCAGCCAAGGGGACUCUGCUAUUUCUACUACCAAGAUGUCAAUCACAGAACAGGAGGGAGUGCCAGGUCCCAAGGGUGGGAGAACCAAACCAACAGUGUCAGGUGAUGGCCAGGAACACCGAUGCCGCAACAAAUCCCUCUCCCCAAAGAAGCAUUUGGCUCUUAAUCCUGCAGUUAACCUAGCGCAUGAUCGGUAUGGUGUGAAAACUAAGGAGAACGGGAAUACCGGGGGCUUUGUGGAAGGGAAAAGCACCUUGUCAGGAAGCAUCCUUUCUCAGAGCGAUCUGGAGAUUAAAAACGUGGAUGGUAAUUGCGGUAAGGGUCCAGCUACAACAUCCUUUUCUUUGUCAGACGUCUCUACGCUCUGUCCUGACACACCUGACUUACAUUCUACCGAGAUUCUGCAGGAGAGUGACAUUUCCCAUCUUAUCGACAAUGUCACUUUAACGAAUGAGAACGAGCCGGGCAGCUCCAUCUCAGCACUGAUUGGCCAGUUUGAGGAGACCAGGGAUCAGGCUAACCUCACAGUUGUUUCUCCUCUUCAUGGCACCCGUAUGAGGUCAGACCAUCCUCCCUUGCCCACCAUGGACCUAAAAAUGCCCUUCCAGCAUGACUUUCCCAAGGGAAAACCCAAGGCAUCCUUACUCUGCUCAACUCCUGAGCGGAUUGCAUUCUUAAGUCCUGAGGCCUCUGAACGCUCAACACACACAGUGGUUUGUGAAACUACCUGCACUCCUAACGUCUCUAAAGCCAAACUAGAUGAUGACCCUUCUGCUAAGGCCAAGACAGGGGCCACGGAGAGCAACCUGCCAUGUUCCUCUAACACUUCUCACUGCUGGUUACCAAAAAGUCCCACCGAUGGGAAAGACUGGGAAAUCCUGAAGAACAGCCUUGCCCCUUCCCCCGACCUGACCCUGGGAGACGGAAUAGCUGACCCCACACUCUGUCUAAUUUCUGGGGAGAGCAGUCUUGUGGAAAUCGAUGGAGACUCAGAAAAUCUGUCUAUAACCACCUAUGAUUAUAGGCGAGAAGGCACAAGUCCCCUUGCUUCUCCUUUCCAACUGAAGUACAGCCGGGAUGUGGUGGACCAUUUCCAAAGAGGCUUGAGAAACGGCUACUGCAAAGCGACUCUCCACCCCCCUGUCUCAGAAAUAUUCAACACCAGUCAAGAUGUCAAAAAUCAAAGUCGUUCUUGUCGAGCCUAUCAGGGUGCUGGUUUUAUGCACAAGCACUUCUCCAAUUCAGAUGCAAAAAUGAACCAGACCUGUGUGCCCCCGUCUGGUGCCCAAGACUUGCAUGCCCCUGUGCCCAAGCAGCCCCAGCAGCCUCCUCUGUCUGUUCUGAAGCUGCCCAGUCCUUGCAAAUCCAAAAGCCUGGGGGACUUAACGUCGGAGGACAUCGCCUGCAAUUUCGAAAGCAAGUACCAGUGUAUCAGUAAGAGUUUUGUGACAACGGGCAUCCGAGACAGGAAGGGUGUGGCUGUGAAGACACAGUCGUUAGAGCCUAUGGAUGCCCUGACCGAGCAGCUGCGGAAACUCGUGUCCUUGGAGCAGGAAGACAGCUGCCAGGUGCUGUAUGCAAAGCAGGAUGCCAAUCAGCUCCCCAGGGCGCUGGUCAGAAAGCUGUCAUCCAGGAGUCAGAGCAGAGUACGCAAUAUUGCCAGCCGGGCCAAGGAGAAGCAGGAAGCCAACAAGCAAAAGGGUGUGAACCCCACCCACGUGGGUGGAGUGGUUCUUCGAAACAAGCCCACGGCGCCCGUGCCCGCGGGGAACCGGCACUCCACGGGCUCCUACAUAGCCGGCUACCUGAGCAACGCCAAGGGCAGCGGCGUGGAGGGCCGGGGCAUCCCCGAGGGCGCAUGCACAGCCCUGCACGCAGGCCACACCGAUCAGCUUUGUUCGGAUCAUUCUGUUUUGCAGACAGAGCCAAGCAGCGAUGAUAAACCAGAAAUUUAUUUUCUUUUGAGACUGUGAGUUACAGAACGCCGCAUUUUCCAUGUUUACAAGGUAUUCUGCAGGACUGUCAAGAGUUUUCAGUAAACAGGGUCCUUGGCUUUGAAAUGAUUUGGACAGGUAUUUUUAAACUUGUGUUUUGGUCUCCCUUUGACUCCAUGAGUUCUUCCUGCGUUUAUGUAUAGAUUUGGGUGGCACUCCCCACGCACCUAUAUGAUCUUUCUCCCCUGUGGUGUAAACUCUGUCGGUAUGAAAUAUGUGCAUGCCCUACAUGCGAACCUUCUCAGUGGCUUGGGUGACAGUGUACGUAUGUUUCACCUCUAAUCACAGUCACCAAUGUAGUCAUUUUCACUCUCUAACCUGAGUUAGCUAAGAAGCUUUGCAAAGGACGGAGGGAUGAAUUCUUUAUUUUAAAGCCAUUGUCAUCGUUCCUAUUUUUCCUCCUUUGUUGAGAAGCCCAGAUGCGUUUUUACAACUCGGUUAAAAGGUGGUUAAAAUAGUUACCUUACCUUUUAAGAUUUCUCUCCCCCAACCAGAAUAAGAGUUCUGGUAGCUACUCCCCACAAGACCCUCUCAUUUUACAGCAGGCGGUGAGGGGGUGGAAUAAAGCAAACUCCUGUAUAUAAGGACAAACUUGUUUGUUUUACAUAAAUUUUGUUACAUAUUUUUGCUAAUGGCUUUGUAUGUAACAAGAACACAGUUGCCAAGCUGUUUGUUGUACUUUUGAAUUUCCUGAUUAAAGUAUAGGCUGCAAAUAAUGGCUUUCAGAAUGAGGGACUUCCAGACGCUAACAAUGGUAGCAGAAAUUGAAAACUUCCCCCAAAGCUUUUGAGAAAAAAUACCCCCACAAAACUUUAUCCUAAUAAAACCCAAGUGAAUAGAUAAUUAGAAGAAAUCUUUUCCUUCAGGGAGCCAAGUAACUAUAUUUUAGUACCAACAUACAUUAUUUUCACUGUGAAUCCAUUUUUUAUUGCAUGUUCAGAUGUCUCUCUUUGCUUUUUUGUAACAUUCACUGCAAUGAUGUUCUCCAGGAAUUCAUGAAAAUAUAA